GUUCUUUGUUAGAAUUCUCAUGAAUAUUCGAGACUAUUCUUCGAAGGUGAUUAUAGAAGUCAUUAACUUGGAUAUGCCUUUUUUAGCCGUCAUCUGGGUUUUGAUUCAUGAUGUCAGUGCAGUGAAUGAUUAAUUGUUCUGGAAGCCAAUCAGAAGGCGAGAUUUAAAUUAAGAACGUGCUUAGUGUGAAUUUGCAUGAUGAGUGUGUGACGUCAUAGAGAUUGUCAAAGGCUAUAAACCCUUGUACGGGUAAAGCCAAUCUGUGCUUUUAUGUCGCACGGUGUGGAAACAAGGUUGUCGUGAGAGAUUGAAUUGGGAAAAGCUGAAUUCGACCAAGAUGUGCAAAGGAAAUUCAAAAGCCCCUAGCUCUAGCUUGGUUUGGGAUUUGCAGAGUACCAAAGCUCCGAACGGUAUGAAAAUCGUAUUGUUCGCGGAUUUUAUGUCUAGCAGUCAUGGCCUAAACCAAGCGCAGUACAUGUUGAAACAACUUUGCAACGAAGGACAUCAAAUAACUUUAUUUGAAUGUGCAAAUGUCAGUGUGCCUUUGCUGAUGUAUGAAGACACUCAAGCCUGCUUGUGCCAAACUUAUGAGGAGCCAUUGAAAGUAUUAGAGAGGAAAGUUGCUGAGGCAGAUGCCUUUCUUCUGGUAACAGACAGACCAGGAUUUCAGAUUCCAUCUUCACUUGCAACAGUCAAACAUCGCUUUACAGGGAACAACUUCACGUGGAGACCUUAUGGAGUACAAUGUGUGCUUCUUGGAGGCUCUGUUCACAGUCGCAAAGUUGCAAUGAGAUUACGAGUCCUUCUUGAAGGUUCUGACUACCCUUACAUGUCUGGGGUGCUUCCUCGGAGAUGUUCUUGGACACAGAUGUACGCAGUGGACCCAAGUCUUGAAACACCUGGACCUUGUGUACUAUAAGACUUUGCCAAAUCUAAUACUCUCUUAGCUUGUUGAUACUUAUUUUCUUCUAUGUUCAUAAGCUUAGACUUGUGCUUGUGCACUGAAAAUGUCCCAAGUUCAGUAAAUUACAAGCAUUCAAGCUUAGUUUCUUCUUCAUUCGUACCUUUUGUUUUUUUUUUUGUUACUGUUACUUAAAUAUUCUUAAAAUGAAACAAAAAUUGAAGAAAAAAUCAGAAAAAAGAUGUAAAAAGACCACAGUAUCAAGUUUUGGGUAUUGUAAAUUAUGUCUGACUCUACCAUAUUGGUAAUAAUGUAAAAUAGAGAGUUUUAUUGCAAAUUGUAAAUAAAGGGAUUAACUUUUAUAUUGCAA